CAUUUCGCCUCUUCGUCGUUUUGAGUUUCAGCUGAGCAACAGUGAGAAGAAGGGAGAAAGAUGAAUGCCCCCGAUCGUUACGAGCGAUUCGUCGUCCCCGAAGGCGUCUCCAAGGUUUCGUACGAGAGGGACACGAAGAUCAUCAACGCGGCGACGUUCACCGUAGAGCGCGAGGAUCACACAAUCGGCAACAUUCUCCGCAUGCAAUUGCACAGAGAUGAGAACGUUUUGUUUGCCGGAUACAAGCUGCCGCACCCGCUUCAGUACAAAAUACUUAUAAGGAUCCAAACCACGAGCCAAUCUUCGCCAAUGCAAGCAUAUAAUCAGGCUAUCAAUGAUCUGGACAAGGAACUCGAUCAUUUGAAGAACGCUUUUGAGGUUGAGUUGGCAAGGCACAAUGCAAGUCAACAACGGGAGUUCUAAGCUGCGUUAUUUCGGUUAAGAUGCUAGUAGCAGUUAUACUGUGGUAAAUGUGGUUAAGUUGGGAAAUGUCUACAUGUAGAACUCCAUUCUAAAACUUUCAGAAACAUACCUGUGUAUUUUGUACGCGUUCUGAGAUGUCGUCACGUUGGUAUGUUGUUGGCCAUUCGUGCUUCCCUCUUAUGAAACUAAUACUGAUUCUA